UUAGAAUAUUUUAAAGAUCGAGAUUUUAAAGAUAAAACUAUUGAAUUAUACCAACAACAAAUUGUGAAUUUAUGGAAAACUAAAUAUAUGCCAACUCAAAAUCAAAAUAAUAAUCAAGUAACCAAUAAAUUUAGUGGACUUAUGGCUUAUAUAGUUAAAAAAAGAAAACAUAAUGAGCUUGAUAAACUUAUAAGAUAUUUACAAGAACCUCCAUCAAAUUAUGAUAUGGAUAUAUUAAUAUAUUGGAAG